AUGGCGCGUAACCGGGGCAGUCCCCGCAGCUCCGGUCAGCUUGCGCCACUUGGGGAAGGGGAGCAGCAGCAGCAGCAACAGCAGUGGACAGACGCAACCUGGCAGCAACAGGCUAACCGCUUAGCGUCCACGUCAGCGUCCGACAGGGCAGGGGAAGACAGUGGCAGCUGCGGCAGUGGUAGCGAGAGCGGCGGGGAGGCGCGAAGCAGAGAGGCUUCAGGCAGGCCGCGUGGCCGCACGUCGUUUGAAGAGAAAGGAAAGAGAGUUAAAGGUUCUGCCGAUGAUGGGGAUGAGGACGAGGGUGAAGAUGCGCGGAGCAGCGGAGGUGCGAGGGCAGGUGGGGAAGCAGCCGGGGGAGGAGGCGGAGGCGGAGGCGGAGGCGGUGCAAGAGGCGGAGUCGGGGGCGCCGCAACUGCCGCCGUAGGAGCCGCGCAGCUGGAUUUACUAUCGGUGGAGCUGCGUGUUCUGGAAGCGCGGUUGCAAUCGGCGGGGGAGCAGGUGGAGCAGGAGAGGCGGGGGCGGGAGGCGGCGGAAAUGGAGGUGCAACGGAUGGCGCGCGAGAUGAUGCGCGCGGAGGAACAGCUUGUGCUGGCGGAAGCGGAGCGACAGCGCAUGGCUGAGGCUCUGGACGAGCUAAGCAUGCAGCUGAUAGCCACACGCAAUCUUCUCACCAGCGCGGAGGAGGAGCGCGCGCAGCUGGCGGUGGCGGCGUCCGAAACCGCCAAGGAGCGCGACCUGCUGCGGCAACAGUGCGACGAGCUGCGCGCCGCGCUCGACCAAUCAGGCACCUCCACGUCAUCGUCAGACUCCAGCAACCCGCCCGGCGGAGGACCGGGUGGCGUGGCGGCGGCAACAGCGGCGACGGCGGCUUCCGCGGGCGGGGGAGUGGGCGGCGGAAGAACGGCGGGACAAAGCGUGGAAACCCUGGCUGUCGCGGCGCUGUAUAACGAGCGGGAGCGGCUUAUAGAGCGGAUACAGGACCUUGAGAUGCGGUGGGGGCAGUGUCAGGAGGAGCUAGGGCAGUGUUUGGAAGAGAAAGAGCAGCUGCAGAUAGAGGUGGGCGCGGCAGUUGCGCGCGCCAUGGAGGAGCGACAGGAGUGGGUGGAGAGAGUAACUACCGUGGCGCGCGUGGGGAAGGAGGAGAUGCAGCGGCGCGUGGCGAAGCUCCUGGCGCAGCGGGACGAGGCGGAGCGGAGCGCCAGGGCCGCGGAGGGGAAGGUGGCGGGGCUGCUGAACCAGCUCGCGGCGGUGGCGGGCGGAGGGGGAGGCGGAGCGGGGGGAGGGGGAGCGGGAGGGCUGGGGAUGGGCGUGGGAGAUGGGAGCCCCUACGGCCGCCGGGAGCACCGGUGGAGCCCCUACGGGCGCUUUGACUACACGCGGAGCCCCUACGGCCGCAGGGACUACACGAGGUGGGACCGUUCCCGGCCGCGAUCAGACCGCUACGUGGAGCGAGACAGGCUCUCCGACUCCGUCGUCAUCUCCUCCUCCUCCCCCGGGGGCACCGGCGCCGCCAGCACCUCUUCGCACUACCCCUACUACGACCGCAGGGAUUACACGCGGAGCCCCUACGGCCGCAGGGACUACACGCGGUGGGACCGUUCCCGGCCGCGAUCAGACGGGUACGUGGAGCGAGACAGGCUCUCCGACUCCGUCGUCAUCUCCUCCUCCUCGGGGGGUGGGGGAGCCACGGGCGCAGCCAGCACCUCGUCCCACUACCCCUACUAUGACCGCUCGCGCUUCCGCGAGGGCCGCGCACGCAGCCACCACGGCCGCCGGCAAAUGUCAGACGGGGCUUCUGCUUCUUCUCUCGAUGACUCGUCGUCCACAGGGAAAGGCGCGCUCUCUGCCCCCCCGCCGUCGACAUCGGCUGCUGCUGCCGCUGCUGCGGCUGCCGGUGGUGCUGGCGCUGCUGCUGCUUCCUCCCCUGCUACGCCGUCUUUUGCUAGCUCGAUUUUCUCCUCACUGUUCGGCUGGGGGGGGUCGAGCCUGUCCCCGCCGUCGACCCAGCAGCAGAAGCAGCAGCAGCAGGGGGGGUUGGGAGCAGCGAUGGGCGGGGCGGGCACGGGUGGGGGAGGAGCGGGAGGCGGGCAUAAAGUGGUGGGGGUUGCAGGGAGUGCACCUGGGAGUGUGUAUGAUGACAGAUCGUCUACUACUUAUGGGAGUAGCAUGCGGCGAUACAGCAGCGGUGCUUCUGCUAGUGGGUCGGUGAGAGGACGCGGCGGGUACGGGUAUGGUGGCGGCAGCGGCGGGGGGAUGGAUGGAGCAGGGUAUAACGACCAGGGGUAUGGGCUGAGAGGAGUGGGAGUGGGAGGGGGAGGAGGAGGAGUGGGAGGGGAUGGAGGGGGUCCGUACUGCCGAGUGAUGGUGCCAGCAGCAGCGGCGGCGGCAGCAGCGGGACUCCCUGGGUGGUCAGCGGGAGGGAGGGAUGGGGAGAUCAGACCUGUUCCAGAGGGAAACGUGGAGGGCCAGGAUUGGCUGUCGGAUCAAUCGGGCGGCACGACUAUGGAUGAGGUUGAUGAGGUGCUGAGACAGAUGGGAAUAUCGCCAGAUGAUACUGUGUGGAACGGGGGGGAGGGGGAUGCGGGCGGGGGGAGGGAGAGAGGAGGGGAGGGGGGGUUGUCGCGGUAUGGAGACAGAGUGAGGGACAAGGCGAGGGAACGGGCGAGAGGAGGGGGUGCGAGGGAGGGGAGGGAGAGCGAGGGGGAUUGGGGGAGGUUGAGUGUUGGAGGGGGCGGUGUAACAGGAGGAGGAAGCAUUGCGUCCGGAAUGGGAGGAGGGGCAGGAGCAGGGGGGCUGGGUGUGGGGAGCGAAGGAAGAGGCGGUGAGGAUGGGUACAGUGAGGUGGACGGGGGUGUUGGUGGUGCGGCCUCGAGUGCACUAACCGUGGCAGCGAGUGCUGGGUCUAGGACAGCGUUGAGACGGCUAGCAGCAAAGAGGGGGCAGUUGCCACCCAAGAACAGCCUGUCGCCUGUAUCGCCCAAUCAGGUGUUUCAGCAUGCGCGGGACACAGUCAUCCUGUACCAAUGA